CUGUCACUUCUGUGACUUCUGUCUGCGUCUCGCUCUCCGGCGACUGGUGGGCCGCCGCCACCCUAAGCCAGUUGCGGAGGUUUACAUUGGUCUCUUCGCCGGCGACGAGCACCCACCAGGUACUCCCACCCCUUUCUCUGCCCUUCUCUUCAUGUUGUGCGAAGCUGAGCACUGAAACCCUAACCUAAAGCUAUUUGACAAGCCUCCUAGCUUCGAUUUUCUUGCAAGAAUUAUCGGUACACAUCCCUUUACUGGAUUAACCCCUGGCUUUGUGGAAAGCGAUGUUUUCCCUCUGUAUCUGAUUAAUAAUUGUCACGUAAAAACAAGUUUUUUUUUUUUUGCUUCGUCUGGAGGUUUAGUUUCCAAAGGAUUGUAAUUGAUAGAAUAACUUCAUGUGUUUAGUCUUUAAUUCUACACGAAAACUAAACUACAAAACAAUGUAUGUAGUCCUACUUUAAAGUUUCAGAUGUCUCGUGUAUAUGUUAUGCCUGAUGGGAGUUCCAUAACUUAAGGCCCCUGUGUUACACUUUUUGAUGUGCAUAUAUGAUGAAUUUUGAUUUGAAUGACGUAGGCUUCCAUAAGCAGAACUUACGCACAUCUUUGUGGUAGGAGUCUUGACAAGUUUUUCCAAUGGACCAAGUACCGAAUGGAAGGCAUAAGGUUUCUUUUGCGAAGCCAAGAGUAGUUGUGCUUUCAGAUUCUGACUCUGACUCUGAAGGUUUUGUAGAAGAGCUAACUCCUGUUCACUCAAAGUCAAACGGGAAGGCUUCAUCUGCGAGCCUAAAAACUGGUGGAAAGGCUUCAGCCCUUUCUAAAGGUGAGGCAAGCAAAGGAAAAGCAUACAGUAGUGACAAAGGUGGAAAGGGUUCUUCAUCACAUGCAGUGCCUACCAAGUCUGAUGCAGAACUAAAGCUAGAGCUUGAUAUCCCUCCAAAUUCUAGAAUGCUAAUGAAUUGUGAAGCAGCUGAACUAUUGCAAGAAAUUCACGAGCACAUGGCCAUACUAUCAGAGGACCCCAAGAUCAAAAUUCCUGAGUCAUUUGACAAAGCUUUUCAGUAUUCAAAAGAUGGAAAUCAUUUCACCACUGCAAGCUCUGUGAAACAAGCCAUUGAACCUCUUAAAAAAUGUGGGGUCAGUGAUGGAGAGAUAUGCAUGAUAGCAAACAUUGGGCCUGAGACCGUUGAAGAGGUUUACGCACUAGUGCCAUCUCUCAAGGCUAAUAGGUCAGCUAUCGAAGGUUCAGUCACCGAGGUUCUUACCGCCCUCGCAAACAUAAAAGCUGCUAAGUGAAUCUCCAAUGGAACUAGACCGACAAUAAAUCGGAAGCAGCUGUCUUGUUGAUCGAGGAGCGCGGAAUCUGCAAACUGGCCCUUCAGUGUUUUGGAUGUGCUGCGGAAACGUGUUAUGAUGUGUAUAUAAAAAACGUAGCAUGUGCUGCAUGAACUCCUGUAGGAUGUCUAACUACUGAAGUGCAGAUUCAGCCUCAACUAGUCUACUCGAACUGACGAAUACUGUCUGAACAUGUGGCUACUGCUUGAACAUGACAUGUUGCCAUCUGUUGGAUUGUGCUUCUGU